UAUCAGUCCCUUUCACUACCAUGAUGCUUCUUCCAACGUGUUUCUUUUGCCCAAAGCAAGCGCUUUCUUUCUAGGAAUGAGAACUCCAAAGAACAAUCUUUUUUAUGCUUUAGAGGAAUCAUUCUUAGGCAAAAAUAAAUAAAUUUUACCCAGAAGACCAAAACAUCAGUCUCUAUUGCCCCAAGAAAAAUGGUUGCUGUGUUCAACAAAGAGCUUCUGAGUUGGUACCUCAUCACCCUCAAACUCAAAGAAACCGUAGAAGCCGGAAUCCAAAACUUACAAAGCCCUACCGCCGCCGCCCGAUCCAUCGAAUACCCCUCGGAACAAGAGCAAUAUCAUCUCGUGAAACAGCAGCAGCAACAGCGGUCGGACUCAUUGCGGAUCGUGAUCAGCGAGGACCGAAACGUCGACAGUGUCGAAGAGGACGAGGCCAAGUCACCGGAACCCGAUUGGGUUAUUAACAUCAGGGAAAGACUAGAGCAAGCCCGCCAAGAAGAUGUGGCGGGCGCCUGGGGAAAGCUGAGCAUUUACAGAGUCCCCCAAUGCUUUCGAGAAGGCGACGAGAAGGCCUACAUUCCCCAGACCGUCUCCCUGGGGCCGUACCACCGCGGCAAGAAACGCCUCCGUAACAUGGAACGCCACAAGUGGCGCGCGCUGUACCACAUCCUCAAGCGUACCCGUCAGGACGUAAAAUUGUACCUCGACUCGGUAAAAGAGCUGGAAGAAAAGGCGGUCGCUUGCUACGAAGGGCAAAUCGGCCUCGCAAGCAACGAGUUUGUAGAAAUGAUGGUUCUGGAUGGUUGCUUCGUACUCGAGCUUUUCCGAGGCGUCACCGAAGGAUUCAAGCAACUUGGCUAUUCGCGAAACGAUCCCGUUUUCGCAAUGCGUGGAUCGAUGCACUCGAUUCAACGUGACAUGAUAAUGCUCGAGAACCAACUCCCUCUUUUCGUGCUGGAUCGCCUGUUCGGCCUCCAGUGCGGUCUGCCUGACCAGAGAGGGAUGGUGGCAAAGCUAGCGAUCCGGUUCUUCGACCCAUUAAUGCCAACGGACGAGCCGUUAAGCAAAACUGACCGGAACCGUUUAGAGUCAUCGCUCGGACACGUCGCCACUUUCGACCCGUUUUCAGAGCAAGGCAGCCUCCAUUGCCUCGACGUUUUUCGACGAAGUAUCUUACAAACAGGGCCAAAGCCUGAACCCCGUAUCUGGAUCAAGCGAUGGUCCCAUGCCCGUCGGGUGGCCGACAAGCGCAGGCAGCAACUGAUCCACUGCGUCACGGAGUUGAGCAAUGCGGGAAUCAAGUUCGAGAAACGAAAGACCGAUCGAUUCUGGGACGUGAGAUUCAAGAACGGGAUUCUCAAAAUCCCAAGGCUCCUAAUCCACGACGGGACGAAAUCGCUCUUCCUCAACCUCAUUGCGUUCGAGCAGUGCCACCUGGACUGCAGCAACGACAUAACCUCGUACGUGAUCUUCAUGGACAACUUGAUCAACUCACCCGCAGACGUGGCGUACCUCCAUUACCACGGGAUAAUCGAGCACUGGCUCGGGAGAGACGCCGAGGUGGCAGACCUGUUCAACCGCCUAUGCGAAGAGGUGGUUUUCGACUUCAACGACAGUUAUCUAUCGCGGUUGUCGGAAGAAGUGAACCGGUAUUAUGACCACCGGUGGAAUGCUUGGAGGGCUAGCUUGAAGCAUAACUACUUCAACAAUCCGUGGGCGAUCAUUUCUUUUGUUGCUGCUGUGGUUUUGUUGCUGCUUACUUUUGCUCAAAGCUUUUAUGGGAUUUAUGGGUAUUACAGGCCUCGUUAAGAGGAUCUGCAGUUUGUAUCUUUGAGCCCCUUUGAUUUCAUCUUUUUAUUUUUAUAUCUCCUGAGCUAUUCUCUCUCUCUUUUUCUUUUUCCCCUUUCUUUCUAAAGAAGAAGAUAUAUGUUCCUUCA